AUACUGUAUUAAUGUUCUGAAUAUUCUCUGUUCUCUAAUAGAAGUAUUAAAAUGAAUUUUAAUGUCUGGAAUAUCAAAGAGAUGCUCAGUAUUCCCUCAGGCUCUGGGAUCACUAAACCAUCUAACUGGAAUAGUAAUCAGACUGAUUGUUCUUCUCUCAGUGAUUCCCAGUUCCUCUUUGGAUCUCAGUUUUGUCCAGAAAAUUCAGAGAUUCUGUCCACAUCCUUGGAUGUUGGUGCCUACUCAAGACAUUCAAAACAGACACAACAGAAUUCUGUAGAUAAUGAACCUAGCGUUUUCACAAAAUACCAGACAAAGCCCCAGUUGUUUGGAGGCGAAACAAAGGAUGAAGGCUUGUUUUCUCUCCCUUUGCCAGUUGGAAAAUCAAAAGGACUCUUGAAACAGUUUGAGGAAAAAAAACGAAGGACAACGGACAAAUGUGACAGUGAGAUGCUGUACAACUUUGUUUCUCAUUUUCAAGAAGUCAUUCACAAGUUGCAGACAUCUGUGGAAAAGUCUGAGGAACAUCUCAGUUCAAGAAGCCAAUCUAUUUUGGAUUCUUUGGAGACUAUAGCCAAGACAAUUCAAGAGACUGCACAGGUCCAGCGUGACUUGACGUUUGAGGCAGUACGAGACAAAGGCAAUAUGGAACAGGCCAUCCUUGAGAUACAGAAGAGAUUUGAAGCUAGACAAGCCGAGUUUAUGGAGAUGAAAUCCAACCUGAAGAACCUGGAAGUUUUAGUUGCCCAGCAGAGUAAGGACUUCCAGCAGCUUUGUGAGAGGCUGGGCCAGCUCAAUGUGCCUGGUGUCGUAGAAGAGCUGAAAAAACUCAUCUCUGCACCUCAGGUAGCUGGGCGUCUGAAAGACAGCACCUCCCAGACCUCACCAGCUCAGGCCCAGAGCCUUCAUUUUACUGGGCAGGAAAAAUACACCUCUGAGGAGCCAGCUGCUCAGCAGGCCCAGGUGUCUCCUGCAGGGAAUCCCAGUAGCAGUUCCCAGAGGCCUAGGGAGUUUGGCAUCUCGGAUGAAGGAGCAGAGAGUGAUGUUUUUCAAAAGGCUGCAUUGCCAACAGAUGGGCCCCAUAGAGGAAAUGAGCAUUUGAAGAACAAGACCAUGCAGACUUACUGCAAGAACUGGGUUAUCACCACCAGAAGCCUCAGUAACCACUGCUCUAGCCUCCCAAGCCAGAAGGCUGGCAGUGACCAGGAACUAACGGCCCAAGAAGCCUCACAGCUGGACUUAAAUAAGUUUGACUCCAGAGUGAAGAAUGUCUGCCCCCAGUAUGAAGCCCAAAGCAUGUGUUCUGACGCGUUUGAACAGUUAGCAGCUGAACAGAAAGGCAGGACCCGAGGAAAGGGGAGGAAAGGCAAGAAGCAGCAACCCAGGAAAUCUCAGAGAGGCAGGCUUCUAGCUAGGAAGCGAGAACAAACCCCAAGGAAGGCCUGUGCUUUCAUCACUAAGCAUGCAAGUCCCCAGGCUCCAGGUUCGAGCCCACAGGGGCCCCUCUUCAGUUGGCGGGCUCCAAGAAGCUCCACAAAGUCAGCCCGUCAUAUUCUGGGAGGAAGAGUGAGGACCAGUAAGACAGCAAGGGAAGCACACGGGGGAAUCCUGCAGUCUACCCAGCACUCCUCCCCAGACCAGGAGUGCUUAUCCAGCAGUUCCCAGGGGGAUCAGCAGAUAAAUUGGUUCAGUGACCUCAGCCUUGAAAACCCAGAGCCUCGUCUCUGUAAGAAGGGAGGGAAGAAUUUGCUCUGCGAUCCUGAUUUUGACAGCAGUGAUGAUAACUUCUAAUGCUCCCAACAGUGACUUCAGCUGAUGGUUCGUUGAUCUCAGAAAGACAAAGUGUGGAACAUUUGGACUGGGCAGUAGCAUGCAGUGUCUGAAGCUGGCUUAUCCAGCCUCAGAGUCAGAGGCCCUGGCUGAUGGUGGUCAGUAGGAGGUGGGUGAGAAUCCAGUAUUGUGGGCCACUCAUGACAAGGAUAUAGAAGUAAGGACAUCCUUAGUUAAGAGGAAGAAAUGUGUGGGGACAAUGACAAGCUCAGUCAGCUGUGGUGAGGCAUCGGGAAGGCAGUUGUGUGUAUCUGGAGGAAGGAAGGGGCAUAGCUUCCUUAGGAAUACAAUCUAGAAGAACUCUCAGGAUUCUCGUGGCUGCAUAACUAGCUCUUGAAAUCGUCCCUACACCUUUCUGAACCUCAGAAUUUUAUUAUUAUUUUUCAAUCUAGUUAUACUGUCAAAGAGUUUUGUCUUUAGCAUGAGAGGACAUAUUACAGGACACACGAUUAGACAGGAAUUCAUUAUGUAGGCUUGGCUGGCCUUGUAUUUACAAUCCUCCUGACUCAUCCUCCAGUGCUGGUACUACAAGUAUGUCUCAAUUCUCAGCUGUAAAUCAGUCUACUUAAGAACAGAGUGUUAGCUGGGUAGUGGUGGAGCACUUUAAUCUCAGCACUCGGCAGGCAAAGGCAGGUGGAUCUCUGUGAGUUCGAGGCCAGCCUUAUCUGGUCUACAGUGCUAGUUCCAGGACAGCCAAGGCUACACAGGGAAACCCGUCUUGAUAAAACCAAAACCAAAAAUGGGGGAAAAAAAAAAAAAGAUGCCUGUGACAGUUGGACAUGGUGGUUUAUACCUGUAAUCCCAACAUUCAGGAAGCAGAGACCAGAAUUGCUUCAGAUUUGAGGCUAACCUGGUUUACAUAGGGUGUUCUAGACCCAUUAUGGCUACAUUAUGAGAUCUGGGGGUGGGGGUGGGGGGCUGGCUUUUCGAGGUGAUAUAGACCAAACUUCAUAGCACUGGGACUCCUAAGCCAAGUGAGUGUAUUAUUUUUUCCCUGGCUGUUUUUCUCCGUUCAGUUUUUCAAUUACUUUUGUUAUUGUUAUUUGUUACCGAGUCACACAUACCCCAUACUGGCUAGCCUCAAACUCAUUAUUGUAACCAAAGGUGACCUUGAACUACUUCUGGUCCUCUUGCCUCUACACCUGUCUUCAAUCCCUUUUUUUUUUCCUUCCUAGGGUUCAAACCUAGGACCUUGUGCAUUCUAAGGAAGUAUUCUACCACCAAACAAUAGCCCUCCAAUCACUCUUUUGAACUAACUGUCUUUGUUGAAAAAUGACACAAUAAUAUCUAAUACCUAGUAUGCUAAUUAAAAAUAAAUUGGGCUGGAAAGAUGGCUUGGCAGUUAAAAGCAUAUACUCUUGCCAAGGAGCAGAGUUCUGUGCCCAGCACCUACAAAAGGCAGCUCACAACAGCCUGACUCCAACUCCAGGUCAUCUGAUGCCCUCUUCUGUCUUCCUUGGGCACCUACACACACACACCUACACCUGUUGCUUACACACAGAGAGACAUACACACAUACACAUUACGAAGAAUAAAUCUUUGUUGAGAUUUGUCAGGCUGUCCUAUAACUCAAAGAGAUCUGCCUACCUCUGCCCCUAGAGUGAUGAGAUUAAAAGUGUAAACCACCAUGCCUGGCAAAAUUAAACUUUUUAGACAAAUAAUUCAAAAAACAUCUCAGAGUCCCAAAUUUCCCACAGAGUUCUGAAUAAAAUGCAAAAACAAGACCAAAAUAAUCAAAACUAAUAUGUUUGUAGACCUUCCUAUAUUGUUAGAAAGCAGACUUUUUUUUUUUUUAAUUUCAAAACAGGGUUUCUCUGUGUAGCCUUGUGUCCUGGAACUUGCUCUGUAGACCAGGCUAGCCUCAUAUUUAUACUGAUCUGCCUACCCUGCCUCCCAUGUGCUGAGAUUAAUGGCAUGGGCACCGACCCCUGGCCAAGCAAUAGGCUUUUAUACUAGACUUUGACAUUCCAUUUAUAUCUUGUUGAUAGUUUUUGUUAUUUUUGUUUUUGAAGACACUGAUUACAUGGAAUUCAUUAUAAAGUCCAGACUAGGCUCAAACUCAUAGCAAUCCCCUCUCUUCAGCCUCUCAAAUACUGGGAUUAUGGGCAUAAACCACCAUGACCGACUUUGAAAUUUUUUAUUUUUGCAACACAUGCAUAUUUCUUUGUAAUUAAAAAAAACCACUAAAACCAAAAAUGGACCGGAAGAUGGCUCAGCAAUUAAAGCACUUGCCAUACAAAAAAGUUCAGAUCCCUAGAAAUCCACAUAAAAAUGCUGUAUAGGUGAGUCAGCCCAUCUGUAAUUCCAGCCUUGGAAGGUGGAGACGGAACAAGCUGGCUAACAAAACUAGCCAUAUCUGUGAGUUCUGUUUAAGAGAUCCUACCUCAAUAAAUAGGUGAUUGAGGAUGACUCCUAAAAUCAACUUCAGCUUCCACAUGCAUGUACACCCACACUCACAUGUGCCCACACACCACACAUGCAUGUGCACCCACACACCACAUGUGCAAAGUGGAAAAAAAAAACAACAAACAACUAAACCGCUGGGUGUGGUGGCACAUGAUUGUAAUUCAGGGUGGUUGGGACAAUAGGACCCAGGUUCAAUGCCAGCCCAGGCUACAGAGUGGUACUGCAUCUCAAGAGAAAGAGGGGGACAGGAGGAGAGGAAGAAAGGGAGGAGAAGAGAAGAGAAGGGAAGGGAGGAAGGAACAGAAAAGGGCUAGUGAAGGAAGUCAGUUAGGGAGAAGCUUCAUGGAAUGAGUGGUUUCCUAGAAUUGCCCAUUUCUAAGCCAGUUUCCAGGCACCGGAGACUAAACUGUUAUAGAAAGAAGUGACUCUUGACUCCUUUCUUUCAGGAGUGUGUUCCCAUAAGAUUCUGUAGGACUUGAAUCUACCUAUGAUACCAUUGGCAGAGUGCCAGACUGUUCUCUUAUUUCCAGACCAAGGGCCUUUGUAGCCUGGACCUCCCACAUACGUGGACAAUCACAGCCGUCUUCUCUCAGGCCAACGUAGUUCAAGCCUGGAUUCUGCCUCAGGCUGUGCUGGCCUCCUCUUCCUGUGGACCAUAUAGGCUGGCUGUUUACUCUUCCCUCUGCAGCCUCCAUUGCAGCCCCUGCUGGGCUCCAUUGCCUGUGCACAGAGGUAUGAGAAGCCAAAAGGCUCCUUCCAGCCCUUCCCAGACUACUGUUGCUCACCAAGCCAUUGGAAGGAAGCUUCGAGACCAAAGGACGUUAUUUCUGGUGAACAAUGUAGUAGUUGUUAUACUUUAUUUUUAUCUUUGUUAUUUAUGUUUGUUGUUUUAAUAUUUUUAUUCAAAGUUGAGAUCCUGUGAAUUUACAGUGUUCUUCAGUUAGUGUUAA